UUUCCAAAGAGCCCCUGGCUUUUAACUGAGGAGCUGGCCUGGGGCCUUCUGGUCAUCUUUCUGCCGGAGGCCCAGGUUCCUUGCUUUUUUGUCCCAGGAGGGAGGUGGGUAGGCCGGGCACCACCUUAUCCUUUUCUCACUGGCACCUUGGACAGGGCAGGUUGGGGCUAGGCCUCACCCCUCAGACGCCUGGGGGGCCAGGGGUGAAGAAUCGUAGCAUUGUAGUCACAAGACCGAUGUUAUGUAACCUCAGGCUCUCUGCUACUAGAGAGUAAGGUGGCUUUUAGUUACUGUGACAAAGUUGUUCCUUUGGACUUUGGGGAUGAGGCGGUGGAGCAGUGUCACGAUGUCUGACCGGAAGGCAGUGAUCAAGAACGCAGACAUGUCUGAGGACAUGCAACAGGAUGCCGUUGACUGCGCCACGCAGGCUAUGGAGAAGUACAACAUAGAGAAGGACAUUGCUGCCUAUAUCAAGAAGGAAUUUGACAAGAAAUAUAACCCUACCUGGCAUUGUAUCGUGGGCCGAAAUUUUGGCAGCUAUGUUACACACGAGACAAAGCACUUCAUCUAUUUUUACUUGGGUCAAGUUGCAAUCCUCCUGUUCAAGUCCGGCUAGGAGGCCGCAGUGGAGGUGUCCGUGGCGGCGGCAGCGAUGGCAGGCAGGCGGCGUUGCUGGGACUGUUUUGCACCGGGGCCAGCAUCAGGAUGUCCUCUCCAAUGGCUGUGCUACUGCAUGGACUGUAUACUCGAUUUCAUGUGUAUGUCGCAGUAAACAAAACCAAACUUCUUUCUGUUUAGUUGCCUGGGGAAGAAGGCUGCUUUAUGUUUAUUUUUCAAGACUUUAAAAUCUUUUCUUGGGUUGUAUUGCACUAGGAAAUCUCUCCCACCCCUCCCUCUUCUCUUUCUCUCCCUACAUUUAAAAAAAAAAAAAAAAAAAAGCCCUCAACGAAGCCUGUAAGACUAGGAGGGCAGGGGGAGAGCAGUCGGUUUCUGGAGGCGGAACUCAAACUGUGCAGCCACCUCCUCCUGGUGGUGGGUGCUGCUUUGCUAGGGCCAGAGAGGCUGCUGGGGGCAGCAUAAGGCUUGGCAAGGAGAGAGGGAUAGGAAGGAGGCUAGGGGGAUUGAUCUAGUACCAGGGAGAAUAUUCCACUGAACUGUGAUUCCACGGCUUGGGGCAGAGGGUGGGGUGGGGGGUGGAUUCUUUGAGGGGCCCUGAGACGUGUUUGUCUGUGGUGUGUGGGAGUGGGGAGCAGACUUGUCUUGCUGUCUUUGUCAGAAGAGUUUCAAAGUAAGGGCUGUGUCUUUGUGGAUUACCUUCUUCUAUUCUUCCUGCCGGAGCUCAUGCUAGGAGGAUGUUGGGGGUAGGAUUAGCUUGAUUUUUCUUCUAUUCAUUCUUCUCUCCUUCUGUCUGCUCCCUGCUUAGCCCUUGGUUUUCUCAUUCCUCUGGAGUUCUCUUAGAGCAGCCCCUGUUAGUUGGCUGGCAAGGGAAUUUCUGGUGACUGUAGUUCCUUAGUUAAGUCUUAGCAAUCAAACCAAAUCAAUGUCUCCCUUGAUUCUCCUUUGUGUAUAUGUGUGUAUAUGUGUGUGUGCGUGUGUGUCUUGGUUUGGGGUAGAGGGGAGGGAGGGGCAGGACAGUGUGGAAUCUCUAGCGUGUAUGGGUAGAUAGGCUGCACGGUUAGUUCUAAUUGGGCCUUUAUGUUAAAAACCUCUGGGGGUGUCUGUUUUGGGGGUGAAGACCAUUGUCAACCCCCCCCCCAGGCCAUCUGGCCCAGACACUGCUUGCCCUAUGGCUGUCUGUUCCCCAGAAGGCUUUGGGAGGAUAGCCCAUGAGGAGAUGGCCAUGAUGCCAUCUGCCCUGGAACUGGUUCUUAGUGGAGACGGAAAGUGACUUUGUGGGUGGUUGCAGUCCUUAUGGGAGGUGGGGAUGGAAGUGAUAAAGGGCUGCAAGGACCUUUGGAGGAACUUCGGAGGGGAUUAGUCUUGCAGUGGUGAAGCCAGGUAUCAGGAGAUGAGCAGGGCCGCUAGUGGGAGGAGAUUCCAAGGAGAGUGCAGGGGGAAAUCUUAUCUGUUGAUCAAACAGGGAUGGGGGUGGGAGGGUCAUUGCUGACUGAGCUGCUGAUUCUUGUAAAUCGCAUCUAAAACUCUCAUUGUAGGGUUGGCACUGUGGGAGGAGGGUGGUUGGGAUCCAGCUCAUUCUUUCUUCUUUUCUUUUUUUUUUCCCUCUGAGUCCAUUCUUGGGGCUGGUGGGGAGGCAGGAGAAUUCCCCCUCCCCAAGCCUUUAGUGUGUGCCGAGCUUUCUUUUUGAUGCUGACAGGGGAGGGUGGUUACUGGGAUGGUGAGUGAGUUCCCUAUAUCAAACCCUUCAGUGCACACAAGAUUGAGUGCUUGGUUUUAGGUUUUAUUUUUUUAUGAAUGUCCAAAUCUGUGUUUCCCCCUGCCUUCCCAGACUUGUGUGGCCAGUUGGAAAUGUCUGGUUUGUGUUCAUCUCUCCCUCAUUUCUGGAGCAGGGGCUGAGACCCCACCACAUCUCCUAUGCUCUGCAUCCAUGCCUCUUUUGGACAUUAAAGGUCGAUUGAUGCACUUCUGAGCUGUUUGGGUUUUUUGCGGGGUAGGGGAGUCCAAAGGGCUGCCCUGGUGACAGUGGUGCCACACAUGGGUGGGCGUAGAGGGUAUCUAGGGUGGAGUGGAAUGGGGGCUGAAGAGAGAUCAGGCAAAGAGAGACUGAUGGGCUUGAAUCAGGUCUUAUUUGUAGGGUCUAGUCUGAGGCCCCUUAACUGGGAGAAUUAGCCAGCAGUACUCACCCACAAGGCUUUCUAGGUCCCUUGUUGGAGAUGGCCAGCUGAGCCACAUUUGGGGUUUUUGCUAUAGCACAUGUUGCCUUCCCUGUUUACCAGCCGCAGGUCCAGAUGGCAGUUUUCCAGCUGCUGUCUUAGACCUGGAGGAGCUUAGCUUCUUAGAACCUUUGGCCAAGCCCUCCUAUGGCCAAGGAGCUCGUAGCUCUCCUCCUCCUCCUCCUGUGCUUCCCUGAGGCCUGUACCCUAUGGAGAAGUGGGGCAUCUUUAGAAAGGUGGAAACGCUUGGAACCUGAGUGAUUCUCUGGCUCCUGCAUUAUCCUGGUUGUCCCACUUGGGGGCUCCUGCCCCCACACACCUGAAGAGAUGGGCAAUACUUCCGAGAGUAUCUGCCCACCCCUGAUGCCAAGCGGUUGUGGAAGUGUCAGGGAGCAGAGGUGCUUUGUCCUCCUUUCCGUUGCCCCUGAUGCAAAACAUGUACUGAGUUUUGUGUGCUUGAGCCUAGGAUGCUGUCACACAGAGCAAGAUAAAUUCUGUGCUUCGAUGACAUACGUAGUCUAAUCAGGUAGAGCAGGCCUACACAUUGAGCUUUUUCCAAUAGUGACAAAUGUAUAAUCAAGGAAAUAAAUUGGGUAAUGAGCUAUUGAUUGUUGGAGGUAGGUAGAUUGAAUUCCUUCAGGUGGGAAGUUGGGCUGGAUCUUGGAGAGCGUUCUACCUCUGGGGCAGUGAGGUCCUAAGGGACUCUAGAACCCCCAAAUUCUGUUCCUGCUUUUGCUGGUAUGAAUAAUUUGAUAGAGCUGGAGCACUGAGGGAUGGGAGUGAGGCCGUGGUUCACAUUUUGUCUGUGACGGGUAUCUCUAGCGCCCAAACUCCCCUUCCUGCCCUGGUGAGAGGCCAUCCAGCUGGUAUCCAUGGACAACAUAUCCCUUCGCAGGUAGGUACACCUGCACAUCUGGAAGGCUAAUCCUGCAAGGCUUUUUGGGGAUGGGUUCCAGAAGGAGCUGUGGGAGGCAGAUGGAUAUUGUGGUAUAGAGGAAUGCAGCCGCUGUCAACUGGGGCCAGGCAAAGAGAGUGGGAUUGUCCAUAGCCUACCUCUUUUUUAUCCUCUUCAAUCUCCUGGGGCCUUUGGCUAAACAUAACUGAAAGGCAGAUGGCAAGGCUGACCCAGGGAUGCAAUCUGGAGGCAACAGAGCAGAAAAGAGUAGAGAAUAAAUCCAAGGGGAGCAAACCGGACCAGCAUGGUAGGGAGUUGUCUCUGUUGCUAUGGAUGUGUGUGUCUCCAGAAUUUGUGUCCACUAGCCUAGACCUAAGGUGUGGCUGUCCCCCAGACUGUCCCCUCACUUCCUUCAUGUCUUUACUCAGACAUCCUGUUACCCUGUAUGAAAUAGCGCCUCCCUACCACGACUACUAACCUUACCCAGUUUAAUUCAGCACAGAACCUGCCAAUGUUUGACAUGUUUGCUGUUUACUUGUUGGUCUCCCACAACUAGAAUAUAAACUCUGUGACAGGGCCAUUUUCUCUUUCCUUCGCUGCCUUAUCUUCACACAGAACAGCACUUGUCCUGUAGUAAAUGCUUGAUAAAUAUUGGUUGGUCAAAUGAAAAAGGAAGAGUGUAAGUGAGCUGGGGCAGCCCCUCUACCUCAGGGCAGCCCAGCCUUUCCUGAAGAGCCUCUGUCUGGCUUGAUGCCCUCUUGCUGCCCAACCUGUGUGUAAUUUCCUGUUGCCUGGAAGGAGCGAGUGGGUCACUCCUCUUGCCAGCUAUGGAAGAAUGAAAGCAUAUGUUUAUCAUAAAGUAUAUUUUAAAACAUUUCAGUUUGUUUAUGUCCUGGAAACCUCCAAGCACCCCUCUGAGCUAGACCCAACAGUCAUUAGCCACAUUUUUGGAGAAGCAAAUUGAAUCAUAGAGGGCAAGUGACUUGCCAAAGCCCAUGUAGCUGGUAGCGUUUCUAGAGCCCAGGCACUGUGACUCAUUAGGGCUCAACUGGGUUUGGCAGCAGUGGUCUCACUGAUAAUCCUUGAGGUUGAGGCCCAGCUCUCUGAGCUCAGGAGCAAGUCCCUGGUUCCACUGAUACUCCCUUUCCUGGGAUCAGCUUUGGCAAGGGCAGGGAGAAUAGUUCCCUGUCCCUCCCUUCUUGCUCCUCCCAUAUGCUAAGGAUUGAGGAGCUGCCCCUUCCUUGAGGUCUCACCAGAGGGGUAAAUAAAUCUUGUGGACUUAGAGAACAGAAUCCCAGAAUUCUGACCUCUUCGGCCUCCCCUGAACUAAAGGUAUAGCUUCCUUACCACCCUGGUAACAAGGAGUGUGCUAUGUCACCUGUUGAAGAGGUCAAGUGUACCUGUAUGUAUAUGUUUAUGAUGUCCUGGGCUUGGUGUCCACACUGCUGUAGAGGCAUACUCCUCUGCUUAGACUGCUACCGUACCGGGAUAGACAGGUUCAUAAGAGAUCAAAGAGGACCCCAGUUCCCUGUGCCUCUCUUCUCUUGUUUUGUCCAAAGGUGUAUAGUGUUUGUGGUGAAGCUGCUAGACAUUGCUCUCUUGAGUUUCCAGAGAGAGGCUAAGCAUGCAAAGACAGUGUGGUAGUGUGGGUAGAACCCAGGAUCUAGAAUCAGAAGACCUGGGGUUGAGUCCCAGCUCCAACACUUGACCAUUGUAUGAACUUGGGCAAGUUCUCUCUGAGACUCAAUUUCUUCAUCUGAAAAUGGGGAUAAUACCUAUCUACCCCAAAGGGUGGUUAUGAGGAUUAAAUGACAUGUACGUGAAUGUGCUUUGAAAUUGGAAAGUGAUGAGGAGGAUACUGAUUAUUAGGAUCUGUGACAAGAAAGCUUGGGGAAAGAAUAAAGGAUUCUGGGGAGUCAGGUCCUUCAGAUGCCCCCUCACAUCUUGUCACACCAGCCUCCCUGCUCCCUGUCCAUAUGCACCCAUAUUAUAGAGAAGGAAAUGACCAGACAGGGAAAGAAACUUAACUAAGGUCACAUGGAUGUUGGGGACAACUGGGAUGUAGAAAUUGGUCUCCUGACUCCCAGGCCAGUUCUGAUUCUAGUUUGAGGUGGUAGAGGGGACUAAUUCAUCACUAGGUGCUGAGCCCCCUACUGAACUCUGGAAUACCCUGUAUUUGGUGAUGGUGUACAAUUCAGUGUUUGGGUUUUUUUUUUUUUAAGGUUUUAUUUAUUUUAGAGAGGGAGAGUGAGUGCACCAGUGGGGAGAGGGAGAGGGGGAAAGAAUCUGAAGCAGACUGCACUGAGCCCCCCAGCCGCCCCCAAUUCAGUGGUUUUUAGCAUAUUCAGAGUUGUGCAACCAUCACCACUGUCUAAUUCCAUGAUGUUUUUAUCACUCCCCAAAGAAACUUUGCACCCAUUUGUAGUCACUCCUCAUUCCUCUUUCUCCCUAGCCCGUGGAAACUGCUUAUCUACUUCCUGUCUUUUUGAAUUUGCCUAUUCUGGACAUUCAUAUAAAUGAAAUCAUACAAAUGUG